AACCCCCCCGGCCGUUCACGUCAAGUGUUUCUACAAUGGGUUCCAUCCUGUGCGGAGAUCGCGAGAGCUCGACGUCUGAUCGCAUCCUUGUUGCGGCUAGGUCACUCCUACCAAUCUCGGCAUUUGAAAAGGAGGUGCCUGGCUCAAGCAUUACCCUCGACAAUAUCUACCACAGUACAUCCACUCAGAUACUCAAGGUGAUGGCCUACGCGAUCUCCAACAACUUCCCAGGUCAUGGCAACCGGAAGGAAAUCUACAGAUGGCUUAGGAGUCUGGGUACAUUUAGCCCAGACAUUAUCCGACUGCUCCAAGAUCAAUCAAACCAAGCACUUCUCCAAGGUCUACUUCGGCUAGCCGUCGAAGAAGGGGACGUUCUUUUGGCGAGUACUCUUCUCGAUGCAGGAGCAGAUCCGAACGCGAACACUUGCGUGCAUAAAGAAUGUCCAAUUCCUCUCCGGCCUUUACAAUACUCGUGUCUCAAUGGCAACUUGGAAUUGGUCAAAGAACUGCUGCGAGCUAAAGCGCAAAUUGACCAUGCGGAAUUUGGAUGGUCUUGCAGUCCGUUACUUUUCGCUAUCUACGGUUGGUUUGCGGAGUUUUGGAGUCGUCGUCUUGCCGAGGAGGCCACCAUUGAAGCUAUUGGGACCGGCGCCAGGGACGUUUCGGACAGCAACGACGGCGACAACGACGACAACGACGACGAUAAUACCACAAAAUUCGGUACUGAACAGAAAGGAUGUCAAGUGGAAGCAUUACUGACGCUGAUUCAUGAACUUCUGAACGCCGGUGCGGACGUUAACGCAAUUGCGGCGGACCCCGACAGCACGGAAUAUUCCUUGAAAGAAUGGCGCAAGACAGCAGAGCCCCACUACCGCUGGUAUCAUUUAAUAUGCGAGAAGCACUCAGCUCUGACCUUGGGAUCAUCAUUCCGAUGUCCGGAGCUGGUCGACUUCCUCAUUAGCAACGGCGCUGAGAUUAGCUUCCAUAUCGACGAUGCUCGGUCAGCACUUCGAGAAUGCCUCUACGUCUCAUCAGAGCGUUUCGUUUCGGUGGCCUAUGGGAAUUGCACGCGCGAAACACUAGCGGAUCGUUUGGGAUGGCGUGAAGAUCCGAGGGAAGUCUCGAGGGAAGUCUCGAGGGUACUUGAAACCGCGAAGAGGCUCAUCAUGGCUGAAGUGGACGUCAAUGAUCACAAGCCUUGCCAUCCUUACGACGGCUAUUGCGAGGAGCAUUGGGACCUUGAAUGUUACUCGGCAUUUGAUCUUGGUAUCCUCGCCCAAGACAGGGACCUGAUCGACGCCCUGUGGUCCGCAGGUGCCAAACCAACGCGUUACUCAUUCGACACCGCCAUCGAAGCACGGGACUAUGACACAUUCUGUCAACUUUUGGAAUCAGAAGCUGACUUUCCAGAAUGGGCUGUCACUCCCGACGAAUGGCCAACGACAGACGAUGAGCUUUGGUAUAUGGAAUCCCGAAGGUCAACGGAGACACAGAAGAGGAGGGCUAUGAUCUUGGCUGCAAUACGGCUAGGAGCGUGUGCCGGCCUCAAAAGUCUUGCCAGAUCAUACGAUUGCUCAAACAUCGUCGGAAACUGCAGCGCCCUACGAGAGGCGAUUGAAAAGUGCUGCGCCGGAGGCUGUCAGGAUACGCUUGUCUGCUUGCUUCAAAGCAACAUCUUGCCUCAAGGUUCUCUUGCAUCGGUCCUUGGUUCUUCGAUUGAAGUUGCAAUUCGUCGGGGCCACCUGGAGACGGUAGAUGUGCUUCUAAUAGCUGGCGCUGAUGUGAACGCUGAUGUGAACGCGGAGGACACACCACUACAGCUUGCCAUCGAAGGCAAACGCAGAGAACUCGUCCAAAAACUACUGGACCGCGGAGCAAAAGUCGAAACUCCGAAGAUAGGAAAUCUCCUCGUCAAAGCAAUCCAUUGCGGAGAUCACGAUAUUAUCCAGCUCCUCAUGGCACAUGCCUCUCGAGACAGCUUGGGGCUCCGCAGCUUUUCCAACAGGUGGUGCUCUCCCCUUGCUGCUGCUAUUUUCGAAGAACAGUGGGCGAUUGUCGACCAAUUACUGCAACUCGGAGCAUCGGUAAACCCCAGCAGCCAGCACGACAGACGACUGCCAUACGAAACGCCUCUCUGGGCUUCUGUACAACGGGAAAAGAUUUCGACUGCUGAGUGGCUUAUCGAACAAGGAGCUGAAGUAAACGAUGAGCUUGCUCUAAAGGCAGCUGCGGAUGAUGAAGAUUCAGUCUUGCUCAGGCUGCUCGUGGAGAAACUAUCAACCGAGGAGCGAAGAGGCAAAAGAAAUGCCUUGCACGUGGCUCUCCAAACGGCUGUGGAUAGAGGCCACUUGAAGAAUUUCCGUCUGAUCUUACAGAGUAACAUUGUUGACGUACGCGCCUUCUCAAACAGCUUACAUCACGCUCUCAAGUCAUCUGUAGCUCACCGUCAGGAGUUCUUGCGAUCACUCCUUAACGCUGGCGCAAGCCCCGACACCAUUACCGAAGACUACCGCCGCGGUCCAUACACAACUCUUCUAGAAGCAAUCCACCAGCGAGAUCCUGAGUGUGUGAGGAUCAUCCUCGAGACGCGAGCAAGGACGAAUGAAGAACUGCCGCCAGAAACAGCUUACUCGCCAUUGCAACUGGCAGCUUUUGAAGGGAACCCGGAAACCGUCCGAAUUCUCCUGAGCCAUGGCCAGGAUCCGGAUACCGUCUCGUCUUGCGCAGAGACUUACCAGUGGUAUUCCGGGAACCUACGCACAAAUCACCCCAUUGGAACUAGUGUGCAGAACGCGACAAUGGAGAAGAACUGUGAAAUUCUCAAGGCGCUCCUGCAACAUGGAGCAAACCCAAACGCAACAACAAGGCAAUGUCCGCACGGUCCCUUGCAGAUUGCGUGUCGAGAUGGCUCCUUGGAGCUUGUGGAAGUCCUCCUCGAGUACGGCGCAAAUGUUAAGUUGCCGCCAGCAAAGAAUUUUGGCGCUACGGCACUUCAAUUUGCUGCAAUUGGUGGCUAUGUCGGUAUAGCGCAUAUCCUGCUGGAAAAGGGAGCCGACGUCGAUGCGGAACCGGCGGAAAAUGAAGGACGCACGGCAUUAGAAGGUGCCGCAGAGCAUGGAAGGAUUGAUAUGGUGCAGCUACUGAAGAAUGCCGGCGCAGAUAUUUCCGAGUCUGGGCAAGGUCAGUAUGAGCGUGCUUUGCGAAGGGCAUCGAAUAAUGGCCAUUUUGCCACCGCAAAAUUACUUAGGUCUUUCUUGUCGUAGAGCAAGGCGGAUAGCUUCUUCAGAUAGAGAUUCAAUCCUUAGGCUAGUCGUUCGGUCUAUUCGACAUCCUCGAUGCAAAUUCAGCCACUGUCCCCGAGAGAUGUAGAGUUGAUGAGUCAGCUGAAGGCUUUCCUAACUAUGUUG